GAUAAUUAACUAGUAAGAAUAUAUUUAUACAUCAAUUAUAAUACACAAUGUCAGGAUCUGCUGGUUUUGAUAGACACAUCACCAUCUUCUCUCCAGAAGGGAGAUUAUAUCAAGUAGAAUAUGCAUUCAAAGCUAUCAAUUCUGCCAAUAUCACAUCCAUUGGGGUCUGUGGGAAAGACUCUGCUGUUCUUAUUUCUCAAAAGAAGAUCCCAGAUAAGUUGUUAGAUCCAAAGACAGUAUCAUAUAUCUUCAGUAUCACUCCUUCCAUCGGGUUAGUUGCCACUGGAUCCAUUGCUGACGCCAGAUCUCAAGCCUUGAGGGCCAGAGCUGAAGCUGCAGAAUUCAGAUACAAGUAUGGGUAUGAGAUGCCAGUCGAGGCACUUGCCAAAAGAAUGGCCAACAUUUCACAAUUGUACACUCAAAGAGCAUACAUGCGUCCACUUGGAGUGGCGUUGACCUUUUGUCAGGUUGAUACUGAAGAAGAAUCUGCCCAUAGUGGACCUCAGAUCUUCAAGUGUGACCCAGCCGGUUACUACACUGGGGUCAAGGCUGUUGCCACCGGACCAAAGCAACAAGAAGCAACCACAUACUUGGAACGUAAAUUCAAAAAGAUAGAUCAUGUUAAGGGUGAUUGGAAGGAAACUGUGGAGUUUGCCAUCACCUCUUUAAGUUCUGUUUUGGGUACGGAUUUCAGAAAGAAUGACAUUGAAAUCGGUAUAGCUACCGCUGAAGGGUUCAGAAUCUUGAACCCAGAAGAGAUUGAUGAAAGAUUGGUUUCCAUUGCUGAACAGGAUUAG